AUGAGUUGCAAUGGUUGCCGAGUCCUUCGCAAAGGUUGCCGUGGUGACUGCACUCUCAGGCCUUGCCUUCAAUGGAUCAAAUGUGCUGAAUCUCAAGCACACGCCACUCUCUUCCUUGCCAAAUUCUACGGCCGCACCGGACUCAUUAAUCUUAUCGAUUCCGGCCCUGCUAAUCUCCGCCCAGCGAUUUUUAGGUCGCUGUUGUAUGAAGCUUGUGGGAGGAUCAUCAAUCCGAUAUACGGAUCUGUGGGAUUGAUGUGGUCGGGGAAUUGGCAGCAGUGCCAGGCGGCGGUGGAGGAGGUGCUCAAAGGCGCUCCGUUAGUGCAAGUUUCUGAUACUGAUGAGUCCAGUGCAACAAAAGCUCGCUCCAUCACGCCUCUACAGGGCUUUGACAUUCGCCACUUCUCAAAGAACACCGCUACCCCAGAACCCAUCCACCGUGUCAGGUCCCGACGCUCCACGGUGGAAAUCAACAAUACCCUACACUCGGUGGCGGCCGCCGCCGAGUUGAUGAACGAGACGGAAGAGAAAUUUACCAUCACAGGAUGGGAUUGCGGUGAAGAUAACGAUGCUUUUGUGCAUCAGUUGAAGAGAGCCCCUAGUCACAACUCUUACUCUGUUGAAACAGUAGAACCCUCAAUGCUGAACCCGAGUACGAGCUUUAAACCGGAGCCCCAUCACACUGAAAACGAUGAUAUUGGAUUGGAGUUAACUCUGGGGUUCAAUUCAAUGCUGCGCAAUCAUCUGUCCACAGUGAUAGAGCUCUCAAACAGUGAAGUCUGA